UCAAAGCCAAAGUUUGUUGGAUUUAAAUUUCUGUCUCAAUUGAAAAUGACCAGAAAACAGUGAACCGAAUUUACUAAAUCAAAAUCUUGUUUUGAAACACUGUGAAGUGGCAACAUGUCGAGUAGAAUCGACAAGUACAAUUUUUACGGCAAAAUACUAAGAAGAUUACUGCUCUUCGCCGGACUCUGGCCAAUCGUCAACGCGAGCGUUUUCUAUCGUCUGGUCCCGUACCUUCACGUGCUCGCUGAGCUCUGGACGACUUUCGCCAUCCUCAAUUUCUGUCGUCAACAUUUGACGAACUUUAAGCUGCUGAUCAAAGGGCUCGGUUUAGUCCUAAGUUUUCUCACCACAAUACUCAAAAUGGUUUGUCUGACGUUUUAUCGCGAUCGGCUGAUCGAGUUACACACGAAUUUAGAAUCAACAUUUUCCGAAGACCUCGACGAUCCUGAGCUUCGACCAAUUUUGCUGUCGCCACUCCUGACCUAUUAUCGACCCUCGUUGGUCCUGUCCAUCGGGGUUUGUCUGCUGUUCGCAAUGUACUGGAUAACACCGAUCUUGCUGAUAAUUGUUCAGGUGGCCCACGGGGCAAGAGUCGUUAAAUAUCUUCUUCCCUUCCCGACUUCGUACCCUUGGUUCAUAGGCCCAACGAACAAAUGGCUCUACUCGGGUUUGUUCAUUUUCGAGGUGUACGCCGGCAUGUUUCUCGCCUUUAUGGCAGCCGCCGUCGACUCCCUCUUCGCUUAUUACAUCUUCAAAAUAACCGGACAGCUUCGAACUUUGUCUCACCGUUUGCGGAAUUUGAAGGCCAAUGAAAACUACCGGAAGGUUAUAAGGGACUGUGUCGCGAGGCAUCAAAUCCUGACGCGAUGUCAAGUGCACCUCGAACGGAUUUAUGGACCAGUGGUCCUUUGGCUCUCCGUUUCAAACGCCAUGGUCAUGUGCGCCAUGAUUUGGCAGGCUACUCACAUCAACCCGAAGAAAGCGAUUAUCGUGGGGGUUUUCAUCAUCAUGAAAGCGAUUCAAACGUUGUUUUAUGGCUGGUUCGGCUCGACCCUGACUACGGAGAACGAGAAAUUUCGCGAUGCCAUAUACGCGACCGACUGGCCAGGCACAGGCAAAAAGUCUCUUAUGACCAGCAUCUUGACUAUGAUCAUAUACAACAAGCCAUUCGUCCUUAAAGCCUGCUCGGUCGCGACCAUAUCCGUCGACAUGUUCGUCGCAGUUUCGAACACCGCUGUUUCGUACUAUUUCAUGCUACGAACUCUCGAAGAACGUAGAGGGCUCGAAUGAUUAAAACGUUUUCCAAAAAAAAAGAACGAAACAAAUGAAUUUGUGCAAUUAUCAAAUGAGGG